ACGAGUUGACCUCAAGCGCAAACCUGAAGGUCACCCCAACCAGAGAGCCUCUGUUCACACGUAAACUGGACAUCCUGGAGGUCAUCGAAGGUCGCACUGCUCGCUUUGACUGUAAGGUGAGCGGCUCACCCGCUCCCCGAGUCACAUGGAUGCAUUUUGAGACAAGAGUGGAGGAGAGCGAUAAUGUUUGCAUCCUUCAAGAGGGGGGUCGUCACUCACUUGUCAUCACCCACGUUAGUGGCGUCACAGAAGGCUUCUACACAGCAGUCGCUCAAAACAUUCAUGGAAAGUCUGAAUGCACUGCUGAGCUGUAUAUGCAAGAACCUCGAGCUGCCAUCACGUCUCACAUGGCCAAACUGGAGAAGAUGCCAUCCAUCCCGGAGGAGCCUGAAGUGCUGGAGAGUGAGGUGGAGAAGAGGACCAUGCCGGAUUUUGUCAAGCCUCUGGCGGACGUGGAGGUGAUCGAAGGCAAAGAGGCGCUGCUGAAAUGCAAAGUUGCAGGUUUGCCUUACCCAACCAUCGCCUGGUAUCACAACGGCAAACGCAUCGAGAGCAGCGAAGAACGCAAAAUGACCCAGUACAGGGAUGUCCACAGUAUGGUCAUUCGGAGCGCUUGUCACGCUCAUGGGGGCGUCUACAAGGCCGUCAUCUCCAAUAAGUUGGGCAAAGCAGCCUGCUAUGCACAUCUAUACAUCACAGGUAAAGGUGAUGGCUUAAAGGAAUACCCCCCCCCCAAAAAAAAAGAAAAAAAA